AUGCCCCCUCGAUUGCACGAGAUACAUGUCGGUGCUCGCGAGGCAACCUCUCGACGGUCCUGGAUAGCCCCAGACAAGGUGUCACCCGAAAUUGCCAUUGUCGCUACGCUGGUCUCAAUCGCGCUGUUCAGUUGCUUGCUACGAGUGUGCACUCGUGGAAGACUCCUUCGCACAUUCGCCUUUGAUGAUGGCCUAGCUCUGGUCGCCGGUCUAUGUAGCAUAGGAUUACUUGUCACCUUUAUUGGUCAGCUACGCAGUGGGCUUGAAGAAGGUUGGCAAGCAACGAGGUCGAGCAAUGACGGGGCUACUGGGCCUUGGGCGUUGGCAUUAUCACUGUUCCACAUUAUUGGGAUAAGCCUGGCAAAGCUCUCCGGGGCAUUCUAUCUGCUUCGCAUCUUCGAUAGAAGGUACUGCCGCUUCCUCCUCUAUGGACUGAUCGCUCUCAUCCUCCCUUCCGCUCUCACGUGGUUUGGCUCGACACUUCUGCGAUGCAUACCGCUGGCAGCAGCUUGGCGUCACCCAUCACCUCCUGGAUCUCAUUGCAUGUCGUGGGAAGCAUUUAUCACUUUUGCCGUGAUCAACAAUGAUCUCAUACUCGUACUAAUUCUGCUACCCAUAGCAUGUAGCCCAUCCAUCAACCUCAAAACAAAAGCCACGAUCAUCACCAUCAUCUGCAUAGCCUUCAUAGCCUGUGCCGCCGCAAUCCUCCAAACAAAAACCCUCUUCUCAAACUGGCAAACCGGCUCCCUCACCGAGAAAAACUCCCUAAAAUCCCAUCUCCAUCGCACCAUCGAGCUGACAACCGCCCUGCUCGUACUCAACAUCCCCAGCCUCGCCUCCCUCGCCUCAACCCUUCACUACAUCCCCGCCCACCAAACCACUCCUCCUCCUCCCUCUCUUCACUCACAACAACUCACUCCCACUCCUCCUCCCAAACCGUAA